CCUUCAGUACCAGGUCACAUGAGAGACCACAUUAGAUUGCGCAUGCGCAAACGGGUCAGUGCAAUUGUGUCAACGGGUGGCAGUCGCAGACUUUUUCGGACCAGUGAACUUUUUGGAUUUAUUUGUGUUUUCCCUCGGAUUUCGUGUUCCUGGACUAUACUAACUUUGUGCCAAGGGUUUCGGACAUUCACAAAGUGACUGACGUUCCAUGUAAGUUUUUGAUACCCAACUUUUUUGGAUUUUCCCUUUUGGGCCCUGAUGGCUUCGCCUGCGCGGAGUACGGCCAUCUUGGCUAAAUUACAAUCUGAAUUACUGGGACAGUCCUCGUCUGCCCGACAGCGGGAGACGGGACAAGAAACUGUGUGUAUGAGCCCAGACAAUACAAAUUCCAAUCAGGGGGAAAUACUAGUUUCAGAGGAAACUACCCCGAUAUCAGACAAUGAAAGCGCUAGUGACAAUGUGACCCCCGCAGGGGGCACUGAUCAUUCUGGUUCCAUGAGUGGAGACCAUGACAAAAGUGAAGACUUUUUAACUAAAGCGCUGAAGAAAAUGGAAGAAAACCAAAUGGCGGUGAUAAACAAAGUUUUGGAUAAAGUGACAGAACUAGAAAGUUAUGUCUUCUACGAUCAAGAUUCUGAUCAGUGUAUAUAGACACUAACACUAACAGUGCCACUGUUAGCUCAUUAGAGGGGGAGGCGGGGGAGCCCGUCGCGGGACCGAGCCACGCUCAACAGGCUGCUUACGAGCAGCAGGCAGAAACUGACAGAGUUAUCCCUCUUGGUUCAAACAUGGCGGCGGCCAGUGAAAUGAAAUUUGACAUUUCUAAGCUGGCAAGUUCCUUCAAAGUGAAGGACAAAGUGGGGCCUCAUAUUGAUUCAGAACUUGCCGAACUGAUUGACGGGUUACUUGCCACCAAACUUGAGGAAAAACAGAAAACUGACUUGUUAAGUAAGCAUUUUCCUCCAGAAAACUGCCCAAAAUUAAAACCGCCUCGUGUAAAUACCGAAGUUUGGAGGGUCAUGGAUUUGCCGAGUAGGAAUCGAGACCUGAGAUCUAAGAAAACGCAAGAUUCAAUUUGUACAGGAUUGAUACCAAUCGUCAAAGCUGUGAAUAAGUUAUGCAAUGUGGAUACGUUUGACACCUCCUCUCUCAUCACUGAAAUGGUUGAUGGCAUAGCCCUCAUUGCAUCAGCCAACUUUGACCUCAGCUUAAGGAGGCGUGAUGAUAUAAGAGGUGAUCUUGCAAGCGAGUUCAAGGAAUUGUGCGCUCACAAAAAUCCAAUCACAGAGCUGUUGUUUGGGGACAAUGUGUCCGAACAGAUUAAGGAGCUGACUGACACCAACAAGAUGGUGUCUAAGAUGAAACAAUCAAGCAAUCAGUUUCAUUUCCAUCCCUACAACAGAUUUGAGGGGAGACCCCCCUUGAGAUCCAGAGGAAGUAGGGGCUCCCCACGUUUUAGAGGUCGAGGAAGAGGCCGCGGUCAAGUUUUUUUAGAAAACGAGGGACCUCACUUCAGACGACACUCAGGGACAAGCAGGUUUCCCAGAGCGAAGCGGACAAAUCAACAUUAGUUGAAUGUGCUGGAACAGGUUAUCCAGAAGAUACGGGAAGACAAAGCAGAAGGACUAGUGAUUCUACCGAACUGGCCAACUCAGAGCUGGUAUCCAGUUGCUAUGAAAAUGUGUGUGUCCAGCCCAAGGGCACUACCCAAAGGAAAGAAAACACUUGUACUGCUGCACAAGCCAGAAUUUGUACACCCUCUGUACAAGAAAAUGGAACUCCUAGUGUGCCAUUUGUCGGGGAGAGCCUCCACUCCAUUGGGCUCUCCUCAAGCUCCAUUUCCAUCAUUAUGAAUUCUUGGCGGACAGGCACUCGCACCCAGUACAGGACUUACCUUUCUCAAUGGGAAAAAUACUGCAGUGAUUCAGAUAAAAAUCCUCUUGAGCCAGAUCCUGUGCUAGUGAUAGAAUUCCUGACAUCGCUGUAUGAGAAGGGAUGUGGAUAUAGUGUGAUUAAUACAGCAAGAAGUGCCCUCUCAAGUGUAUUGUGUUUACCAAAUGGUGUACCUAUAGGUCAGCAUGUGCUAGUCAAGAGAUUUCUGAGAGGUGUGUUUAACUGCAGACCAGCAUUGCCCCGGUACAAACAAACUUGGGAUGUAAAGGUAGUUUUAGAUUACAUUGAAGAGAAGGGUUCUAACACGGAGUUAACCUUGAAAGAGUUAUCCUUAAAAAUGACAAUGUUAUUGGCUCUUGUAACAGGUCAAAGGUCACAGACGCUCAGAUAUCUCAGUAUAGAUAACAUGAUUAAGUGUGAGAAGAAAGUGAUUUUCAGACUGACGGAACUAUUGAAACAAUCACGGCCAGGUUUCCAUUUACAACCUAUUGUUUUACAUAGUUUUGAGGUAGAAAAUUUAUGUGUUGUUAAAUGUCUGGAAAAAUACUUACAAAAGACUGAGGACCUUCGAUCCUCUUCUCAAUUGUUGAUAAGUUUUGCCAAGCCACACAAACCUGUGACUACAGACACAAUAUCACGGUGGCUAAAAACUCUAAUGAGAGAGGCUGGUGUGGAUGUAUCAGUGUUUACAGGACAUAGCACAAGGUCUGCUUCCACCAGUGCAGCAUCCAUGGUGGGGGUGCCUAUACAGCAGAUUAUGGACACAGCUGGAUGGUCUUCUACAUGUGUGUUUGCCAAAUUCUAUGCCAAACCAGUUUUACCUGUAUCAUGUUCUUACAGCAAUGCUGUUUUAUCCUCUGUUUCUGCAUGUUAA